CGAGUGAAUUCAUUUCAUCAAUUAUUAUUGUUCGAGAUGGCAAAGUCAAAGAACCACACAAAUCAUAAUCAGAACAGCAAGGAUCAUCGCAAUGGAAUUUACAAACCGAAGCGUCAACGCUAUCAAUCAAUGAAAGGGGUUGAUCCAAAGUUUUUGCGAAAUCUGCGCUUUGCGAAGAAACACAACAAACGACACCCAAAAGUUGAAUCGAGUGCUUAGAUGAUUUGGAUUCUAUCUUCAUGUCGAUACAAUUUUGUAUUGAAAUAUUGUUAAAUGUUAAACCGAAAAAUUUAAAGUA